UUCCUUGACUUUAGUGUGUUCACAGGAGAGAACGAAUGUAGUUGCCGCAGAGUUACAUUGUGGAACAGAUUUUUUUUCAAGUAAAGUUUCCCUUAAAUGAAAAAAAAAAGUUUCUGUAGCUUAAAAGAAAUUGGUAAAUGAAAGCUGGACAUUCGGUUAAAUUACUUUAGCUAUAUAGCCUAAUAAAAGUUAUUUAUCAGCUAGCUUGGAAAGUAGCUCUUGAUGACUGGUAAGGAUGGCCAGAAGUGUUUUCGUGGGCAUUUUGUCAUCGGUGUUCGGGGUUCUUCUGUCAGGUUCCAGAGUUCAUGCAGAAGAGACGCCGCCCCGUAUUGUCCACCACCCCUCUGACGUGGUGGUCAAAGUUGGUAAUCCCGCCACGCUGUCCUGCCGGGCGGAUGGCAGCCCCAAGCCAACCAUUGAGUGGCUGCGCAACAGCCAACCUCUGGAGAAAGCAAAUGGAGAUGGGCAGUGGCAGCCCAUGGUUUUGUCAGAGGGUAGUCUCUUCUUCUUGAGUGUUGGAGAGGGCAGGCGAGGUCAGUCACAUGAGGGGGUCUACACCUGUGUGGCCAGGAACAGUGCAGGGAAGGCCAGCAGUCGUAAUGCAUCGCUGUAUUUUGCAGUGUUGCAGGAGGAGUUCUGCGUGCAGCCCAGUGAUGUGGAGGUGGCAGUGGGGGAGGUGGCUGUCUUAAACUGUGGUCCCCCAGUGGGAAACCCUGAACCUAAUGUCAUCUGGAAGAAGGAUGGCCUGCCCAUCAACAGCAGUGACCACCACUACUCUGAUCUGAAUGGUAAGCUUAUCAUCGCACCUGCAGAGAAGAACCACUCUGGUGCUUAUGUGUGUGUGGCCAGUAACACUAUGGGAGUGAGAGAGAGCAGAGCGGCCCGGCUCUCUGUGCUGGCCAAGCCUGUUUUGGUGCUGAAGCCAGAAAAUGUGUCAGUGAGAAUGGGGGAGUCUGCCCAGUUCUACUGCCAAGCUAAAGGUGACCCUCCACCUUCUGUGGUCUGGAGCAGAGAGCAGGGGCCACUGCCCAACGGCAGGUAUCUUGUAAACCCAGACCAGACUCUCCAGAUCCAUUAUGUGACAGUCCAGGAUACUGGGAAGUACACCUGCACUGCUGUUAAUGAUGUAGGUGUGGUCACUGCCAGUGCACAGCUACUAGUUGAAGAGGCCGCCAGCAAUAAACAGAAAGACCUUCACAAAGAGCUGUCAGCCCUUCGAGUGGCUCUGGAAAAUGUCACCGUCAUGACACCGGGGUCCAACAUGUCCUUAGUCCAGUGGAAGCUCCAGUUCCUCCCAGCCCAGCUACAUUACCUUGAUGGCUUUGAGGUUCUCUAUCGCUCUCUGCUUCCUGCCAGCUCGGACUGGGCAGCAAAGAAGGUGACACUGCCCAGCUUCCAGACUCAGGUGGGCCCUUUAAAGAGAGGCUACAAGUACGAGUUCAAAGUCCGUCCCUAUGGCAGCAACUUGUAUGGAAGGGAGAGCAACACCCGGCACCUCAGAGUUCCAGAGACAGUUCCCAGUGCCUCUCCAUUGGCUGUGUCCAUAACAGUGAGCCAUGAGUUGAAUAACACCAUCCAUCUGAGCUGGGAGCCUCCCCCUCACGAAACUCACAAUGGUAUCAUCCAGGGUUACCAGGUGUUGUGUGUGGAGUCUGAGGAGCAGCAGUACCAGAACUGGACGGUGGAUAGUGGCCAACACAGCCUCGAUAUCUCUACUCUCAAAGCAGGGAAACGAUACUGGCUCACCAUAGCAGCUGUCAACGGAGCUGGAGUAGGAGUGCUGAGUGACCCUCAUGGAUUUGUCAUCAACUCACAGUUGGGUGGCCCCCCUGAGUCAGACAGCCAAAGACAAGAUGUGUCUAAGGUCUUGGCCCUGCUUCAGGACCCAGUGUUGAUCGGCAGCAUUGGUGCCCUCCUGUGGUGCAUUCUGAUGGUUGCAGCUGUCUACCUCUUCAGACGCCACAACAGGACAGGCCACCUGAUACCAGGACAUGGCAGGACGAAAGGUUUGCGCAGACUGGCCAAUGAAGAUCUCAUUAUUAAACACAGGAUGGCAGCUCCAGACUCCCCAUGGAUCUCUGGAAGCUGGAGACCUGCCUUCAGCCAGAAGUAUCAGGACUUAUGGGCCCAAGGUCAGAAACAUGCGGGGAUCAGGAGCACCAGCCUCCCAGUCUCAUCCAAGAAGGACUCCAGCUGCCUGGACGCAACUGUCCCUGUUGUGACCGACAGCUGCGGUGUCUAUGGCACUUUUUAUGUGGACUUGAUGGGCAAUGGCCUCAAAACCUUCAACAGUCCUGUGCGUCGCCCUAAAAUGCCUCACAGUCUGCCGCAUCAGCAAGGAGCUGAGACCAUCCAGAUAUUCACUCAUCCUGUCGCAAAGACCUCACCCCUCGCAAGCCGUGAGGUGCUGCCUUGGAAACAGGCCAUACGCCCCCAGCCCAAGAUGGGUGUGCUGAGGGAGUCAUGGGAAAAAAACCACAGCAAGCUAGAGUUGCAUGCUGUCAGCAGUGUCCCCAUAUUGCCAACCAGAAAUCAGGCUUGUCCAUCCAGUGUCUACAAACAGAGACUCGGUCACAUACCAUCUGGUCAACAUGGUGGAAAUCCAGAGUGUGCUAGAGUUGCUGGCUGUCCUCGCCUGCUGCAUUACUCUGCAUCACUACACCUAGUGGACAUGCUGCCCCCACCACCACCGAUACCCACAGACAACACCAUGGACACACACAGCCUGACCUCAGACGAAGGCUCCAGUCGUUCCACAAAGCUUACCAUGGACACGGGAUCUCUCCAGUCCGUGUGUGGACAGCCAGGACCCAACAACAACAACAGCUGCCCCUCCUACAGCCACCUUUCUACUGCAUCAUAUUCAAUGUCAUUGGAUGAAGAACAUGGUGGCACACUGACAGCACAGGAAGCAAACCAGUACUUGGAGCUCAGCCCUAAACCAGAGAGAUGCAGUGCCCUGCCUGAGCAGCGUCCCUCCCAGUCCCACCCCUUCUCCCCCACCCUGGGGUACAUCUGCAGGCCGGUACACUCCACUCAGCUGGAGGAUGACCCUGACACCGAUGAGCCUGAAGCUGCACCAAUUGGAUUGCGACGGGCCCGCCUCCAGAGCACACCUUCUUCCUGCUACAGCGAAUGGGACAGCUCACUGUGGAACACCUGGAGUUCAGUCACGGACGGGAACAUGGCCAGCGCCCGCACCAGCCUCAUCAGCUCCGUAGACAGCUGUUACACCAACGACAGUGCCAAUUUUGCCCGCUUGCUGGCUGUAGCAGCAGAGACUAUGAGUGGAGCCUCUCUGUCAGACUUUUCUCCGCCAGCCUCCCCCCUCAGUGCCUUGUAUCCGUCAUUUUGUGCAGAAGGCGAAUUGUUCCCGGAGCUGGAGCCUGUUCCUGCGUGGGACUGGAGCAUGGCCUGGUUGGAGGAAAUGGAGGUUCAGUACAGAGCCCACUAUCCUGGCAGAAACACCAAACCCUUUAACACUUAAGGACUCUGGAAGGAUAGUGACAGAAAAAAGACAAAUUGAAUCUUGAGAACUUCAGAAACACCUCACAGCAAUGCCAGAAGUGCAAAACAGGAACAGAGGUCAGAUAUGAUGCUGCAACAUUUAUUGAUUUAUUUUUAUGAAAGACCUGGAAACAGUUUUGAGGCCUGAUGUGUAAUUUCGCAGACAUGAAUGGAUAAGUAUCUGGACUUACAUUAUCGGGGCUAAGUCCUUGAUGUUUGGGACGCCUCUGCUAGGUGAUGCACGUGGGCUGUUAUUUGUCUGUAAUACUUUGCCCAGUUUACUUAGGGACAGUCCGGCUACGACUUUGCAUCCUUUAUUUGACUUCCACUGAGUUGUUAAAGUAAUUUUUCAACCUCCUUUCCUCUUAUUAGAGAAGUGGAUAAUGAGAUACAUCCCUCAGGAUGCUCUCACCCAGUGUGUUUUGAAAAGACCAGAGAGACACAAAGACAGGAUGCAAGACAUUGAGGAAGCAGUCAUUAGGCAAAAGAAAUACAGUGCUGGAGUUUUCCUCACCGCACAAGUUUGUUUCCUAUUUUCAUGUUUGUUGCAGGAUUUUAUUAUGGCUGAAGUCCUACCAAACAGACUGUAGCAUUGUGAUUUUGUAAAGACUGAUUCACUGAUCAAAUAUACUGUAAAUAUGCAGAAUAUUCAACAGAUGUUAUUUAAAGAAUUUUAAACACA